CAGUGACAUCUCAGACGUCGCAACAUUCACUCGUUCCUCAACUCUUCGCUUGCGCUUUUUGUGAUUCUGUUUCUCUAGUCCUUUGACACUUGCGAUUUCAUGGUGCUGACUGGCUUAACGAAUUUGAAUACUUCCUUUGUGGUGGAAGAACUCAAUAUUGACAACCAAAUCAGAGCUGCUACUUGGACAUUGUUAUUCGAAGUGUGCAAAGCUUGUGAAAAAAUUAUGGCAUGUAUACCGCCAUCCGCAUUCUCAGCAGGUCGCAUUCGGGAAACUCAACGAAAUAUGAAGAUUUCUAACAUCAAAAAAUCUGGAGAAUCUCGGGAAUUUUUUAAUACCAAACUGAUGGAGCUGACUCCCUUGAAGUACAACAGCAAAUUGAUGAACAGCAUUUGGGGAUUCUACAACCGCUAUUCACCUCAUAACGUUAAAAAAAUAAACGAUGCCUUCAAUUUCUCUACGGAGUUGCCGCAGUCUGCUGGCAAUUCCAACAAUAAAAAUGAGGCAAAGAUAGUGUUGCCCCCAACAAAACUUGACAGUGUUUGGGGAACAAUCAAUGUGUCACAAUCUCAUUAGAAUAAGAAUACCUACAUUGACUGCGAAAUAUAAUCAUAAUAAAACAAAAACAUGACAAAAA